AAAACACUCUCAUCUAUUAUCAACCUUUCCUUUGCCAGUGGAUCGCAUGCGCAUAAAAUUUGCGCUUAUUACACAGUAACCCCACAAAACAUAAUUCGCUGAUGGUUUCAAAAUAUAACUUUAGAAAAAAUUCUGAUGAAAUACAACAUUUCAAAUUGAGCAUCGUUUUGAAAACAUUAUAUUGAUAUACUAAUACUUUGAACUUAAAAAAAAUAAAAAAAAACAAUACACUUAUAGUACACAGGAACCCCAAAGGUGGUAGUUUCACUUUUACUUUCCUUUUCAAAGAAGUACCAUGUUUAACCAUAGUAGUAUUGSCGGUCGUUUGUGAUAGUAGGCUUCCGCGGAAAUGGAUAUAUUUGAGUGACGAAUUUGAAGUUUUUCAAUGUUAUUUGAAAGUCAUGGACACAGAAAAAGAUCAACAUCCAGCAAAGAGACUCAAACUAGAUGACUGUGGCUUAAAAGAAACCGGAUUAGAUACAGCAAAAAUCCAAAAACCGGUUGCUGUUCUCGCAGAAAAAUACACACGCCGAGUAGACACUGUCCCAAUCUACGUCGCAGAUCUUCAAAAUCCAAAACUUGCUUCAAAAUGCCUCAGAUAUUUAAGGGAAAGAUAUCCACUAGAAGAUCUUCAGCAUCUCAAGAGAGUCAGACGAAAGAAAUUCGAAGAAAAAGGUGAAGUUUUACAAAUUUUAUUAACAAAACCACCGAAUGAUACAAACGUUAAURUAUCAGACUUAGUMCUGCUACCAGAAAUUAGGAAAGAACUGGGACAGCCUUAUAUAAUACAUGUUCCYAAACAUUUGCCUYUGACAAGGCAACAGUUUAAYGAGGCUUCAAAGAUGUGGCCAACAAAUUUCCACGAAGACAAAUACAUUGCUAAGAUGAUAUCUGGUGAAGUAUUCAGCGAUGAUGAUACUAAACAAAUAAACAAAUACAUGUCUCUAGCUAUAAAUGCAGCACAAAAUGGGAAAAGUAAAGGGAUGAUUCCAAUAGGAGCUGCCAUAGUUGAUCCAACAAAGGGAAAUGUUAUUGCAAUUGCUCAUGACUUACGUCGUCAAGGCAACCCUCUACAACAUGCAAUCAUGGCUGUUAUUGACUUAGUAGCACAAGACCAGUCAGGAGGAGCUUGGRRACUAGGAAAUCARCAAGGUGAUGGUAUAUGGGUAUUGCAGGAUAACAGUACUAAUCAACCAAUGAUGGACRUCAAUUCAGAUCAAACUGGUGCUACAACAGAGUCAGGUGAUGGUGYAGAAAAAWUAAAGAAUGUGACAAAAACAGACAAGACUGGGCCUUAUCUAUGCACAGGAUACGACUUAUAUGUCACUAGAGAACCUUGUAUCAUGUGUGCGAUGGCUCUUGUCCAUUCUCGAAUUAGGAGGGUAUUUUAUGGAUGUGAGGACCAGGCUAUAGGUGCCUUAGGCAGUAAAUACAGCCUUCAUGUACAACAUGGACUUAAUCAUCAUUAUGAGGUCUUUACUGGAGUAUUACAAGAACAAUGCCAACAACUUAUGCCAUUUUUUGAUUAAAAAAAUGUAAUGUACGCUUACCCAUAAGAGCAAAAAUUAUGAUCAAUGUUUAAUA